UUUAUUUUAAUAUAUAGUAAAAAGAAUUUUUUUUAAACAAAUUUUUAAUUAAUAAAAAAUCUAACCUCAAAAUUCAUAACGGUUCGAAACUUCGAAAUUUUCAUAACUGUCACUUGGGGUGUCACAACUUUACAUUAUUUUUUAUCAGUGCAAUUAAAAGAUGGAGCCAAUGACAUUAGGUUCACCUGUGGGAAGUCCUGCACAAUCUCCUAAUAAUCCCGGAUCUCAAUCUGCCUAUUUACCAGGAUUUCUACUAGGUGAUAAUAAUAUGCAUAGUAGAGUAGGAGUAGCGAGUCCUGAUACAUCACGAUUUGUAUCAUCACCUGGAAUGCAUUCGCCAACUUCGGGUUUAAAUUAUGGAUCACCUGACUGUCGUACUAAUCGACAAAAAGCAAUGUUUGGAACGCCAACGAGUCCAAGUGUUCCUCCUCAAAUUGGAUCAGAAAAUCAAGUUGGUGGUCCACCAACUCGUGGUUUAUUCGAUUCAUUGGAAACAACACAACUAAUAAGUUCACAUACAUCUUCAUUGAAUCAAAGUCAUAUGAAAAAUCAAUCACGAAUUCUAUCGGGCAAUAUGAAUACAACAUUAAUUGAUACACCAUCAAGUCCUGUUAAUAAUAGUGAAUCAUCGCAAGGUCUUCUUCAGUGGGUGACUAUUUUUGGUUUUCCACCAAGUGCACUUAAUGCUGUUUUGGCACAUAUUUCAAGUCGAGUGCGAAUUAUUGAUAAACAUCAUGCACCACAUCCACAAAGUAAUUGGAUUCAUUUGAAAUGUACCUCGGAACAAGAGACACAACGUGCACUAUCGUGUAAUGGAAAUAUUAUUUCUGGAUCAAUUAUGAUUGGCGUAAUACCAUGUACUGACGAGGGUGUAAUUUUGAAUUCUGACAAAGAAAAUCGAUUUAAAUUAAAUAAUAGUAUGCGAUUAUUCACAUCACCUGUGAAAGCCGGUCAGGGAAUGGCAAAUAAUUCAAUGAAAACACCAGUGAGAAUUCAAAAUGCACGACCAUUAGUUACUGGAUAUAAUCAAAGUUUAAGUCCACAAUCAGUGAGAACACCAGAAAAUGUACCACACAAAACAACUGGCUUGGUAUCCAAAGCCAUGGAAUAUGUAUUUGGAUGGUAAAGAAAUUUUUCUCAAAAAUUUAGAUUUAAAUUUGACUUUAUUAAAAAAAAAAACUCAUUCGAAGCUUUGAAUUAAAAAAAAAAAAAUAAAAUUUACAAUUAUUUUAUUUGUUGCGUCUAACAAUAAAUACGUCACAAAAAUUUUCGUUUAGCACAAUUUUUUCAUUCUUUUUUAUUUGUUUUAAUUAAUUCAAUUUUUUGAUUUUUAACUUAUCGGGAUAAUUUUAGUUCAUUUGAUUUCUUUUUUAUACAGUAAAAAUUGUGUUAAAUGAAAAUUUAGACGAUAGAUAAUUUGCAAAUAGAAGCGAAUUAAAUUUAUGAAUUGUAAUUUUUGUGAAUUGAAUUUCAUAAAUGUUCCUUGUGAACUAAAUUAAUAAAUAAAUAAAACAAUUAUAUUUGAUACUUUAGAAGGGCAAAGUUAAAAAAUAUUAGAAUAAUAAUUGUAAAGUUUUUUUUUAUAUAGGUUUUUCCAUUUUUUUCUAAUGUAAACUUGACUUUUUUUUGUAAAUAAUAUAAAAAAAAUCUCAUCUUUUUGUUGAAUUUUAAUGACAAUUUGUUGUGUAAAAAAAUAGUGUUGAAAAUAAAAAACAUUUUUAAGUUAA